GACGACAUAAGUAGUGGGCGAGUCUCUCCGAGGGUGAGCCACUGCAUGUUCCUUUUGCUGUUGACAGUUAGCCAAGAAAAGCUCUACCAACAGCUUCCCCGGAUCUUCAGAGGCGGGGGCACACAGACAGGAACAAGAAAAAGGGGGCCGAAAACCGAUGUGAUCCCUGUCAGGGCAUCGCUGAUCGUCGGUGUCCGUAACGCGUACACUGUCCGUGCCGGACGGUUGCGUGAGCUGCCUCGUGUACGUACGUCCUGAUGGUGCCAUUGCUGACUUGUCCAGGUCUGCUGGGGCCACGUCCUUCGUCUGGUCUGGGCCGUCUUGGUUGGCGGUUGGAUUGCCUACAGGUACACUAGUUGCGUGUUUGUUUCCCCGUCAAGACUCGGAUCUGCAGGCCGAGCCAGAGACCCCCCAAUCCCGCACGGGCUGGACAGGCAUCUGCAUAUGAGCAAGGGAGAAUCGUCUCAGCAAGCAAGUCGACAGGCGGACGGCGCGGGCUUGGACGGCACAGCGGCACGCUUGGGCGGCUGAGCUGAACCUGAAGAAGGCCUUGGGCUCGAGAGAAUCCCAAAAGUUCGAAAGGGAUCGAAAGGGUCCGGUCCGUCUGCAUUACGACUUCAACGUGGCCGUCGUCAGUUCGGUCGGGACGUGAAAGCGGCGCCGCAUGAGGAAGCGCAAAAGCAUAACAGAGAGUCUAGGCCAAACGCCCGAACCGAGCUGCGAUUACAGGGGACCGACCAAGGCAUUGGAAGCUCUGGGAAGUCUGGCGGCUCGAGUGUUUCUCCUCGCAUCGAGGUUCACGUCCGAACAAGGUGGAUGCCUCGAGGGAGACGGCAGACGGAACUGAAGUCUGAAGUUUCAAACAGGCAAUUCAGUCGAGGACCCCGAAACCUCAGGCAGAGAGAGACGACAGCGGCCACAGAAUAUCAGACAUCGGACAUCGGACAUUGGGGACCGGACAGCGGCAACGUGGGAGUUUACUGUCCACCGGUACCUAUCAUGCUUGAGGUAGUCUGUCUGUGGAAGCAAACAUUGAUUGGAUUGCAUCACAUCACGGGCGAUUCGUGA